GAAACCAACUGUGGACAUGGACAACAUUGAGAUCUCGCCACUACUAUCACUACCUCCUGGAGCUUUCCUCCCGAUGCCACUGGCUCUGAGGUGAGCUGGGAACUAACAGGGCAUAUGAGAAGAAGACGAGUCAGGCAAUGCUGAGGGAGGGACUAGAUGGACGACUCUCAAACGCACCAGAACAGCUACCCAAUUGGACGUCUGAGGAGUGGAACUAGCUAUGACAUCGCUGGUAACAGUCCUUCAACCCUGCUGGGAACUCCUCCACCACCUUUACUCACUCUACAGCUGAAGACAUCAGCAAGAGUGAUUACAUCAGCAUCGGUGGCCUGCUCUGGUGGUGUGUUGGGAGUGGUGGUGAUGUGACUGCUAUCAGUAGUGCAGGCUAUGGUGAUAGUCUUUUUCAUCAGGAACUC